UGGCAUCACUUUGUGCAGCCAUCGCACCCGGUAGGUUCUCAUAACCUCCCAAGUCCAAGAACGUAACCUUAAAUAACCUCAAGAUACAAUUUCGAAUUCAAUGCAAGCUCAAACUUGAUGAAAAUAAAGUAUCAAAUUUUUCGGAAGAUUGUUUCUUGAACCUACAAAACGAUGACGACUACCUUCAUAUUUAGCCGCAUAAUUUCAGCAAACGUAAGGCAAACUGUUAGAAAAAUUCACGGGUCAUCAAUCAUUCGCAAAAGUGCUUACGAAGGUGAUGGGAAAACGACGAUAUCUAUUCUUAACAGGGAUGAGAUCUAUGGACUCAUGAUAGAUUCCUACAGCAAUAAUGGAUUUCGUUUAAACAAUGGCGUUCAUAUCAUUGGACCACUUGCAAUAUUUCCACGAAGCGUACUGAGUUGGAAAGUCAACACUAUAGAUGAUGUCAACGAAGAAACUUUGUCUCUAUUUACUAUUCUUGACCCAAAACCUGACAUCUUAGUAAUUGGAACUGGUGACCCUCAUAAUAACAUUCAAAUUGACAGGAAGCUGGUUCAGUUUGGCAAACAAUUCAAAAUGAGCGUGGAGAUUGUUCCAACACAUCAAGCUUGUCCAAUAUUCAAUUUCCUUAAUGCCGAAGGAAGAUUCGUUGCGGCUGCGCUCAUCCCACCUGCAAAACUUGAUGUCAAAGCUGAAGAUUCCAUAUUGGAUCAAACGGGUCCAAUAGUUAUAGGAAGUCCAACAAACUCAUAGAUACAUAAACAAGCUUUUUUUCAAUGAAGGUACAUGUAAUACUGAUUUAGUUGGACCAGAAAAGCAAAAGAAACGAUUAAAAUGACUUUUGGCAUUUUAGUCUAAUGCCCACAAUUAUUUGAAGUAUUUACAGCCAUAUUUAGCAUCCAUUAGAUUAUUAAUUUUACAUAAAUCAUAUCCCAUCUAUGACUGGCUUACCUCAUACCUUG